AAUGAGUUACCAACUUCAACCAAAGCCUCUAUAAUUAUGUAAUCAUAUGCAAUUAAUUUAUAGUUUAUUAUUUACCUUACAUUCAUCAACUAGCUAUACCAAUGGUCCCUCAAUAUCCAAUUUGCAAUUUUCCUUAAUAAAUGAGUUCAAUUUAUUACCCAGCUGUUCCUGGAACUUCUUAAGAUAAUUGUAUUGUUAUAGAAGAUGAUAAUGUAAGUUAAUUGUUUAUUAUUUGCUUGUAGAUAUAGCCUCCACUGAACUAAAUUCACUCUAUGAUGAUACAAUCUUAUACUAAUAGAGAAUCAAUCGUUCUUUAAGAUUAAGUGAUGCAAUAGGAACAACCAAUUGAAAAAUUAACUCAUUAAACAGACAAUUUGAAUGAGAAUGAACCUCAUAUUCGAAUUAGUAUUUAUAAAUAACAUUCGAGUUAAACUGACUCAGAAUUUAUACUAUAAAAUGAUAGGUAUUAAAUUAGAUUAUUAAUUAGAAUUUUGGGAUCUAAUUAUAAAAAAGAAAUAAUUAUUGGUAGAAAAAGGCAGUAGGAAGACAAACAAGACUCAUGUGAUAUCUGUAUAUACUUUUAUAAAUCAUUUAAGAUUUACCACAUGGUGAUAAGAAUGUUGAAAAAGUUCACUGCAAAAUUUUAACUGAUAAAGGAUUCACCUUCUCAAAUACUCUCACUAAACCUCUUAUACUUUUCUUCUCUCUUUUUAGGAAUAAUCCACAUGCAUCAAAACUACCUUUUUAAGUUAUUAAGCAUAUUUAUUCUUUUAUAAAGUAAUUCUUACAAUAAUUUCUAGAAAUAAACCUUAAUUUUAUAUAUGUGAUAAUGGAACCAGAAAUGGUACUUUUAUGAAAAUAAAAAAGGACAAAUUAAGAAAAAUUGAAUAAGAAAAUACUUAUUUAAUAGGUGCAGAUACUUUUUUCCAUGUUUUGGAGAUGAAAUCAUAACUAAAAUAAAAUAAAUCAAAGAAGGUGAAAGACCAAAAUUAUUUCUAUAAUGCUCUUGCCAAAGAACAUAUAAGAAAAGGAGCUAAGAUUCAUGGAUUAACAUUAGAAGAAACUGAUAUGUUAAAUAUUACUCUUAAUGAAAUAAAGACUACAAAAUAAAAAUAAAGAACUUCAUAAAAACUAAGUUAAUAUGAUAGACCCUAUUUAAAAAUUUCAUUCGAUAAUUAAGCAAUUCAUUAAAUAUAAACUCAUAUUUUUGUUGCUAAUUACAAUUAAGAAUCUAUUUAUAAAAUUGGAAGAUCCCAAGAAUGUGAUGUUUUAGUUAAUAUAAAUACUGUCUCAAGGAGAUAAGCUUAAAUUAUUUAUAAAAAUAAUGAGUAUAUUUUAUAUUUUAUUAUAGAUGGUUCAUUCAUGAUGGAGAAGGAUUGAGAGAGUCGGCCAAUGGAACUUGGCAAUCAUUUCAAAACUUUACAAAUAAAAAUCAUGAAAAGAAAUAAUAAUAAAGUAGACCUUAACUUAUAGAAGAUUAAAUGGAAAUUAAAAUAAGUGAAAACAUUGUCAAAUUUGAUUUUGUAAAUUUUGGUACCACAAAGAAGUAAAAUUAUUAUUUAUAUUUUUAGACGUAAACUUAAUAAAGUUUUAAUUCAAGAUUUACUUAAUCUAUAGUGA